UAAGAAAUUACAGUACAAAAAGAUAACUAACAAAAGAAAAUAACUAGGCCCAAGGUUUCUACCUUUACCCUUCGUUUCUGUAAUUUCAAUUCCAUUUUAGGCUUUUAAACUUUAGCUUCUUGAUAUUCAGUUCUUGAAGUUGGAGGCUUUGGUGUUCUUGAAGUACCGAAAAAGCUGAGCUCCCCCUAAAGUUGUUUCUAACUGCCUGUUGGGUAUGAAUGAAUUAAUGGAAAAUUCAAUACCUAUUUCGAAUUCCAGCUUUCCAAUUUCAUGGAAGUAGAUAGAGUUAAUACGUAAUACCCAUCUGGCCCAAUUUUUUCUAGACCCAAUUUGGUUAUUGACUUAUCAGUCUCAUCUGGUCUUCGCCCAAUUUCCUACUGGAGUCUUUGGAGCACAGUCAAAUCCUUCACAGAGAUCGUAGAGAGAGAGAGAGAGAGUAUUUUCAUAGAAAUGGCGAAAUCGUCAACCAGUAAGGAUGUUCAAGCACUAUUCCAAUCUCUGCAUUCUGCUUAUGCCGCCACACCUACUAACCUCAAGAUCAUUGAUCUCUAUAUCAUGUUUGCUCUCUUCACCGCUCUCAUUCAGGUCAUAUAUAUGGCCAUUGUUGGAACAUUUCCAUUCAAUUCCUUUCUCUCAGGUGUACUUUCUUGUAUAGGGACAGCAGUCCUAGCUGUUUGUCUUAGAAUCCAAGUAAACAAAGACAACAAGGAGUUCAAGCAGUCAGUCCAUGCAAUUUUGGACUCGAUUUUCACCAUGGGUCAUCCGGAAACAGUCUCUUUGUGGGAGCCUUUGCGGCACUGGGGAUCUACCUCCUGAAAGAGCUUAUGCAGAUUUUGUUCUCUGCAAUCUAGUGCUCCAUUUGGUGAUCAUGAACUUCCUUGGAUAAUUAACAUCUGCCUUAUAAAAUUUUCUAAAUGCUGCUUUCUGUAUGUCAUUAGACAGUUGAAGCAUUAACAUGGACAUGUGGGGACUCUUAACAUUAUUACUCUCGUUUACAUUCACCUUAUGGACCAGUAUUUGUGACGUUUCUUUGUAGCAAAUUUCAAUGCACAUCAAGUUAAAAGUAAACAUAGACGAAUACAUCACUAUACUUCAUAAAUA